AUGCUACAAUUAUUGAUUUUAUUGACCGUUUUCACGGCGAUCUCCGCAGCGCCUGAAGAUAUAUCGGUGAAAAUCGAGCGGCAUUUCCCGUGCUCAUCCAGUACAGGACCGAAUAAGGGAAAUCUUCGAAUAAAAUUCCCAUCCUAUAAAACAACUGGAGUGAAAUUUAUUGAAGAAACAAAUAGCGAAGGGCAUAAAUGUUUUCGAAUGGCUGGUGGGAAAGUUGAGGUCUUUACCCCAGGACUUGAUGGUCACAAAUCCUAUUAUGUACAUUUGGAGACAAGGAUUGGUAUCCAUGGAAAGCCAGAAAGAUGUGUGAAUGCUGAUGCGAAUGGGUGUGGAGGAAUUGGAUCAUGUGUUCACUGUGACAUUUGCCAUCAAAUGGGCGGUGAUUUGAGAAAUUUUGUUCAAAUCUUUCAAGGCGAUCACUUGGCUCAAUGCUCGGCUGAGGGUCUUCCACCAGGCGAUUACAAUGAUCUUUCACUUCGUGUUUGUUUGCCUACAAAAAAUGAACUAUUACCAUUUCUUGAUAAGAAUUCCGCUAGAGCUGAACAACUCUGGGAACUCUUUGUCUCAAGCCGAGCACGAUCUGGUGAAAUCCCUCUUGUCAUUGCUGCUCGCCUCUUCGAUCGUCCAAUCAAUAAUCUUGAUAAUAAGAUCUUGAACGAUCUUCUUCAUGGUUCAAAAGAUGGAAUGGUCGGUUGUCACUGGAUUUAUGCAACAGUUUCUCAGAAU